AUGCUUAGCCAGGCCAACCGCUGCGCCUGCAGCAGAUACCGGCGGGGGGCGCUAGCGCUGCAGCGUACCCUGCAGCAGCCGCUACAGCAGCAGCAGCAGCAACAGCAGCAGCAGCAAGUGCAGCAGCAGCAACAGCAACAGCAGCAGAAGGAUCUAAAGGAUCAGAGUGCUGUAUGGCGCAUAUGUAGGCGUGUAUCAGCAGCCUUCAAUGCUGGCUAUAUACCCGCAACAACACCAGCAACAGCAGCAGCAACAGCAACAGCAGCAGCAGCAGCAGCAGCAGCAUCAGGAUGCUAUGGUUUUGCAUCCCGUUGCUGCUGCAGUGCGUGCUCUCGUUUCUUUUCUUCUUCUGCUGCUCCAGCAUCUGAAUCCCCCCAUGCCUCCUCCUCAUCACCAUCAACAACAACAACAGCAGCAGCAGCAGCAGCAGCAGCAGCAGCAGCAGCAGCACGAGUUGCUGCUAGACCUGCAUACCUAGACUACCAAGCAACCACACCCCUUGACCCCCGUGUCCUCGAUAGUAUGAUGCCCUUUAAUGUAGACUGCUACGGCAACCCGCACUCUUCUUCUCACCCACCGGGCUGGGAGGCAAAGAGAGAAGUAGAGAAAGCAAGAGAGGCUGUGGCCCGCGUCCUGGGCUUGCCCCCCUCGCGCAGCCGGGAGAUUAUAUUUACUUCUGGGGCAACAGAAAGCAACAACUUGGCUAUAAAGGGUUUGGUUAGGUUUGAGGAGCAGCAGCACGCACUGCGACAGAAGCAGCAGCAGCAGCAGCAGCAGCAGCAGGGGCAGCAGCAGCAGCAGCAGGGGCCUCGACGUGUGCGCACUCUACCUACCCCGUUGGUGGUGGGGUUAGGUGCAGCAUCUUCGCUUGCAUUGGAGUGUAUGGACAGCGACAGACAGCACGUGGAGCGGCUGUCUCGGUUGCUGCUGCAGCUGCUGCAGCAGCAGCUGCAGCACAUCACCGUCAACGGCAGCCUCAGCAGCAGAUACCCCGGGAACCUUAAUAUAUCUUUUUCUUUUGUUGAGGGAGAAAGUCUCCUUAUGAGUAUUGGAGAUGUAGCCAUGAGCUCAGGUCGUUUUACACGUGAAGAAGAGGUGCGGCACUGCGCUGAGCGGCUGGUGAAGGAAGUAAAGAGACUGCGGGAGAUGUCUCCGCUUUAUGAGGGCGCGAUGGCUGCGGGAGACGGAACGGAGACACCCAAGCUUGUAUGGACCUGA